CCACCUCUGUUGGAGGUCAGAAUGGAGGCUCGUCGACUCGAAGACGUACAAAGACGCAAGAGAGCAUGGGCACGCGUUCGCGGCCCACCUCUCAUUACGUUCCUAAUAAUUACGACCAGUACGCGCCUCCUCAGCCUCACUCUGGUCAAGCAGCGCUUGCUGUGCCUCCCUCUGCCGCAUCCGAUUGCUCCAUCGACGAUUCGAUCAAUGAUGAUCAUAAUUACCCUCAGCAACUCGGGGGUGGCAAUGGAGCUAGCGCUUCCGUCGGAGGUUUCGGCGAAGUGGAAGGCUCGGGCAGCUGGGCUUCCAGUCUUACAGACAUUGUCCGCCUAGGCAAAGCGGCUGGUCCAUCUGGCUCCAGCAGAGGCGGCUCUAAUGCUUCGGCAUCCAGGCGUGGCAUUCGACAGGGCGUAGGUCUGGUGCCGAGCAGGUAUGGAAUCGAAGCAGAUGACGGAGACGAUGAGUCUUCCACCGAGGAGAGCGAAUCCCUCCAAUCCACCAGCCGAGCCUCUCGAGAUUCACCCUACAGUCAGCUCUCGCCCCGUCUUGGCACAUCGACUGCCACCGCUAGCACCUCUCCCCCCUCCUCCUCGGCUGCCUUCUCCCCCAGCUCCUCUGCCUCUGCAAGUGGGGAGGAGCGUUUCCUCAUGCCCCCAUCCAACAGCGGCGAAUCUCUCGGGUUGACUGCAGCGGCCUCGAGCCUCGCAGUGCCCAUACCUCACGCUCGCGAAGGACCAGGCUACAGUCGCAAAUCUCAACAGACGGAGCACGCUCGCACGACGAUGACCCCUCGCUCCCCACGCACUGGGUCCGGAUUCUCGUCGAAUGUACCACUGCCCUCCUCAUCCCCCUCUAGCGUGUCGACGGUAGAGAGGGGACCGUGGCCCUAUGGUGCUGAUGCUCCCGCCGGGGCUGCGAGGACGACAGAGUCGACGACAAUACCUGGGCCUGCGCCGCCUUUGACUGGACGGGCGAGGAUUAGACCGGAGAAGAUGGGUAGAGGGGCAGCAGGUGGGACUGGUGAUCCUUCGAUGAGCUGA